CUCCUGGCCUUAAGUGAUCCUCUGAUCCUCCUGCCUUGGCCUCCAAAGUGCUGGGAUUACAGGCAUGAGCCACCGGCCACUCUUCUGAUCAUGACCCAAACCUCACCUCCUCAGGGAGGGCUUCCUACCUUUAAUCAACCCCCAACCUGAUGUUUCAGAUCCUCUUCCCUUUAUCACCAUCUACAUAUUAUCUGUAUUAUUAUUGAGUUUAUCAUCUUUCUCCUCAGUAAGAAUGUCAGCUCCAUGAGGGCAGGCAGAGAUGUCAUCAUUUUGGGGGGGAACUGUGUCCCCAGUGCCCAGGACGUUGCUGGGCACAUAGCAGGUGCUCAGGAAUGAAUGAAUGAGCAAAUGAACACAUGAACUCACUGGCCUGUUGGGGGCGCUGUGACCUGCCUACCUACAAACCAGCCCUUCUCCUCCUGCCCUUCGCAGCCUUCCCUCCUGCAGAGCGAGGAGCCAGGCCCCGGGGGGACCAUGCAGAAGGCCGGGGCACGGGGCCGCAGGGCCUCUGACUGCGGGCCGGCCCCUCUCCAGCCCAGGAGCAUCACCAAGUUCGCCCAGUACGUGGGCUCCUUCCCCGUGGACGACCUGGACACACAGGACAGCGUGUGGCUGGUGCAGCAACAGCUGUGGGCACUGAAGGACUGUCCCCGACGCCGGGCUGUCAUCCUGAAGUUCAGCCUUCAGGGACUCAAGAUCUACAGUGGGGAGGGUGAGGUGCUCCUGAUGGCGCACGCCCUGAGGCGCGUGCUCUACUCCACCUGGUGCCCCGCCGACUGCCAGUUUGCCUUCAUCGCCCGCAACCCACGGAGCCCGGCCAGCAAGCUCUUCUGCCACCUGUUUGUGGGCAGCCAGCCUGGAGAGGUGUCUGGGGCCCGCGGGGGCCACAACUGAGGCUGGGUAGGGGUGUGCUGGGCAUCAGGACAGGUUCCAGGGACAGAGGCCUUUGAGGUCUAAGCCAGGGUGGCCUGAGCCCCCUCCAUGUAUGUGCCCUUGGCCACCCUGGCUCCUUCUGCUGCUCUGCCCGCUGAGGACACUACAAAGCAAGUCCGUGGCCUCAGCGUUCCCUGGUCCCGGCGGGAACCUGGCCGUGCUCUUAGGGAUCGCAGGGUCUCGCUGCCAGGCCUCUGCUCAUGCUGUUCCCUCUGUCUGCAGUGCCCCUCCCCCUGUCUCGGCUGAUUCUGACUUGCCCUUCAAGGCUCAGCCCAAGUGUGUGUGAACCCCACCUUGACUCCUGGACUGCCCCUCUCUCUGGGGUCCUGUGACACGACAGCACCGUACCACCAGUCUGUCCCUAAUUGCAGGCACUUGGGCUCUGUGAGAGCAGCGCCUGGGGCCGGGUCCUGAGAUGCACCAGUGCUUGGCCCUGUGUGGUCGGGUGGUCGCCAGGGGCAGGCAGGUAGAUCGGGGAGUCCAAACCAGCUUGACCGUCAUGAACGACAGGGCUGUGGCAGCCAGUCGUCUGGCAAGCAGAGGCAGGGUUUGGUUUCACCCAGUAAGCAUUUGCUGUCAUCCUGUAUGUUGAGCCCUGUGCUGGACACUGGGGUGACAGGUGGCUGAGACAUGGCCACCUUGAUCUUCUGAAACUCAAGGUUCUAACAUGUUGGAUCUGGAUGGUGUGUGUGGCAGGCAGAACGUGCUGGCCCCAGAGAAGGACCGGGCCCACGCUGGGAGUUCUCUGUGCUCCGCUUCCUUAACUCCUCAAAGGAGCACAGGGGAUAAGGAGAACGAGGCUCAGACAGUGCCAUGUGCUCUGCCCAGGGUCACACAGCAGCUGCUGAGUGACAGAGCCAGGAUUGGAGCCCCGGUUCCGACUCCAGGGCCUGUGCUCGCAGCCAUUCCUCCAAGAGGCGCUGACUGACUGCGCAGGGCGGGAGUGGGAAGCCCAGGGCUAGGGGUGCAUUUUCGCGGUUAGAUUCUCUGCUGCAAUCAGGAUGCCUGGCACAAAGUAGGUGCUCAGUAUUUGUUAAGUAAAUUAAGGAAGCUGGUAGGGGAGCCUGCAUGGUGAGCUUUUAAGGGAUAAGUAGUUUGUCCAGGAAGAGUGAGGAAGAGCACUCGGA